AUGUGGAUUGAGUUUUUAUUACUUACUUUAAGUAAAGAUCCGAAAAGAAAGGAAUUAAUAUAUAAGAAGAAAAAUAUAUUAACUGAGCCUAAAGUAAUACCAAAACAAGUUAUCAAGAGUGUUCAAUACAACGAUGGCAAGGAAGUAACUUCAGGCAAUCCAUACACAGCCAAAAUCAUACUCGAAACAGGCUUAAAUAUUACAAAGACAUAUUAUCUCUUUGCAACAGAAAGCGAAGCUUCCAACGCCUCUGCCACUAGCGUCGCAAUAUCACAAAAUGCUAUCAAUGCAACAGCCGUAGCAAGCACGAACAAGACAGAAUGGACUUUCAAAGUUAACGCUACAAAGGAUCAUAAUAAGACAAAGUUACUUGUUGUUGUUGAGACCGACGCCGAUCAUAAAUCCAACUUAGGUACCGGUAAUGUUACAUAUUCUCCCACAGUCUCCACACCAGUUAUCGAGAGUGUUCAAUACAACGAUGGCAAGGAAGUAACUUCAGGCAAUCCAUACACAGCCAAAAUCAUACUCGAAACAGGCUUAAAUAUUACAAAGACAUAUUAUCUCUUUGCAACAGAAAGCGAAGCUUCCAACGCCUCUGCCACUAGCGUCGCAAUAUCACAAAAUGCUAUCAAUGCAACAGCCGUAGCAAGCACGAACAAGACAGAAUGGACUUUCAAAGUUAACGCUACAAAGGAUCAUAAUAAGACAAAGUUACUUGUUGUUGUUGAGACCGACGCCGAUCAUAAAUCCAACUUAGGUACCGGUAAUGUUACAUAUUCUCCCACAGUCUCCACACCAGUUAUCGAGAGUGUUCAAUACAACGAUGGCAAGGAAGUAACUUCAGGCAAUCCAUACACAGCCAAAAUCAUACUCGAAACAGGCUUAAAUAUUACAAAGACAUAUUAUCUCUUUGCAACAGAAAGCGAAGCUUCCAACGCCUCUGCCACUAGCGUCGCAAUAUCACAAAAUGCUAUCAAUGCAACAGCCGUAGCAAGCACGAACAAGACAGAAUGGACUUUCAAAGUUAACGCUACAAAGGAUCAUAAUAAGACAAAGUUACUUGUUGUUGUUGAGACCGACGCCGAUCAUAAAUCCAACUUAGGUACCGGUAAUGUUACAUAUUCUCCACAGUCCCACACCAGUUAUCGAGAGUGUUCAAUACAACGAUGGCAAGAAGUAAUUUCAGGCAAUCCAUACACAGCCAAAAUCAUACUCGAAACAGGCUUAAAUAUUACAAAGACAUAUUAUCUCUUUGCAACAGAAAGCGAAGCUUCCAACGCCUCUGCCUAG